ACCUUGCUCUAUAUAACUGAAUCUUCCAGAACGCUAUUUAAAUUUGCUUCAUGUGGUACGAAAAUUGCACUGCGCAAACAUGUAACUUCUACGCUUAUAUUUCAUUUCAGUUAGUAGCUACUAUAUUUUAAGUGAUAUUUCUUGUGAAAGAAACCCCAUCAAAUUUUGGGGCAAGAAAAGAGGAAAAUCAAUAUGAGAUGAAGUCAAGGUUACAUCUUUCACAAUUUGUUUUACAUAGGAAUAAAAUGGCAAUCAUUGGCGACUACAAAAUAAAGAGGACCCUCGUAUUUCAACUUCGGCAACAGCUGCGAACUUGUCGUCCCUUGGAGAUUCAAAUUCGGCUCUAAAUAAAAAAAUGAACAAAGACAACAACAUACGGAUGGUUAUGCAGGAGAUAGAGCCUCUUCAGGUCAAUAAGGAAGAACCGGAAGUUGAAAUUAUAGAAGAAAAGAUAAAGCUCAAGUUAAAAAAUGUGAAAACUCAACUUUUUGCAGCUGUUGCAGUAUCAUGGGUUUCCCUUAUUAUUGGAUAUUCAACUGCUUAUACAUCACCGGCCCAAUUGUCGCUUGAACGAGAUUUCAACCUUACCAAUAACGAGAUGUCGUGGAUGUCCAGUUUUAUGCCUUUAGGAGCUUUGCUUGGCGGUUUAGGAGGGGGUACAUUGAUUGAUACUUUGGGUAGAAAAUGGAGUAUUAUGUUAACGAACGUUUGUUUCUUGCUAUCUUGGUUGAUGUGCUUUUUUGCCUCUAGCUACAUCUACCUCUACAUAGGAAGAAUAAUAGUUGGUAUUAGUGUUGGUGUAGCUUCCUUAACUUUGCCGGUUUAUACUGCGGAAAGUUUGCAACCAGAAGUAAGAGGCUCUCUGGGUCUUUUACCCACAGCUCUUGGUAACAUGGGUGUGUUGAUCUGUUUCAUCUUUGGAAUGUUUUAUGAGUGGAAGGUCUUAGCUCUUAUAGGUGCAAUACUGGCUGUACCAUUUCUAAUAAUGAUCUGGUUUAUACCUGAAACUCCAAAAUUCUUACUAGGUAAAGGAGAUUUACAUAAGGCUCAGAAAGCAUUACAAUGGCUUCGUGGAAAUAAGACGGAUAUCGAAAGUGAGUUUGCUGAUCUUCAGAAGAUUCAAAAAGAAUCUAAUGAACUCAAUUCUAGCAUAUUGGACCUUUUUUCUAAAGACAACUUGAAAUUACUAUCGAUAGUGUUGGGAUUGAUGUUCUUUCAACAAUUUAGUGGUAUAAAUGCGGUUAUAUUUUAUACAACUAAAAUAUUCAAAGAGUCUGGUUCGAGUCUUGAUGAAAAAUAUUGUACAAUGAUUGUAGGGGUGGUUAAUUUUGUUUCAACAUUUAUAGCUACAUUGAUAAUAGAUCGAUUGGGUAGAAAAAUUUUAUUAUAUAUAUCAAGUGUAUCUAUGGUAGCUUCAUUAGCUGUUUUGGGUGCGUAUUUUUAUUUGAAAGACGUGUCCCAUUAUAACGUAUCAACUAUUGGAUGGGUGCCUCUUGUAAGCUUCAUGGUAUACGUUUUGGGUUUUUCUCUGGGUUUUGGACCGAUUCCGUGGUUAAUGAUGGGGGAAAUUUUACCAGCUAAAAUUCGAGGACCAGCUGCUUCGAUAUCUACUGCAUUUAACUGGACGUGCACCUUUGUAGUGACUAAAACUUUCCUACUCAUCAUUGACGCCAUUGGAAAUUAUUAUACUUUUUGGAUGUAUGGAUGUAUUGUUGGGGUUUCCUUGCUCUUCUCCUACUUCAUCGUGCCAGAAACAAAAGGUAUAAGUUUGGCAGAUAUUGAGAGAAAAUUAACUGGAAUCAAAACUAAGAGAAUCAAUUCUAUAGCUAAUCUUAAACCCAUGCCAACUAAUGUGGGAUAACCAAUAGAUAAAUUAUUUUUCUUGUGUUAAGGUUUUUUGAAAAAUAUUCCUUUCGCUCAUUCAAAAACGUUCGCCAAAAAUAAUUUGUAAUUUAUACUUUUGAAAGUUUGAAGUAGAGAUAAUUAAUUAUCUUUUGUACUGUAUUCGCUUCUAAUUCAUAGCUUGUUGAAUUGAAUUGGGAAAAGAAUAAAAAAAAAUUGAUUUGAUUUGAUCAAAAUUAAAAAUUAUCCUAAAAGUACUCAUCCCACCUUAUUCCUGGUUUGCAGCAUCCAAUUUUGCUAUUUUUAGAGUCUAAAUACAUGAAAAUCUAAGAAAAAUUAUGGAUAUUCAAAAUUUUUCAUAUCUGGUUGUUUCUCUCUCAUAUUUUCGAUUUUUUGUUAUUAAUAUACUACCACAUUUUAAAAUUGUACAUUUUCACACGAAAUUUUACUUAUCGCCAUCGAAUUACAUGCUUUGUUAGUUUUGUGCACUCGACAUCUCUACUGUGCGAUGCCUUUUUGACUUGCUACACAUAUAUUCAAAACUUUUUGAACUCUAUGAUUUCAAGGAACCGUAAAUAUCGUAAAACCAUAGAUAUAUUUAUGUUCGAGUGUCCUGAAUACUAUCUAAUUUCGGAACGUUUUUAUUUCCCCCAAAAAAAUAUUUGUAUUUAAAACAACAACGAAGUUUGAAUAUCUGACAUUCCUAAUUCAUAAUAAUUUAAAAAUUUUAUAUAAAUUUUAUACAAAAUAAAACGUAGCUGGAUUCUGAUUGUCUAAACUUGUAUAAAAUGUACUAUUAAAUGUCGUCAAACGUUCUUUAUCAAUAGAACGCAAUUAAAUACAUUAUAUCAUACAA